CGCCCGUCCCCGCCGCUCUCCGCCGGGCUCCGCGCCGCGCCGCUCGGCUCCGCUCCCCUCCGCGCCGUGCCGCGCCGCGCCGCGCCGUGCCGCGCCGCCGGGGGGCCGAGCGGCGUGUCCACCUGCCGGCCCCGCCGCCCGUCAGUCCCGCCAUGGCUCUCGGCGGGGUCGGUCGCGGCGGCGCGGCGCGGGCCGCCUGGCCGCGGCUGCUGGUGGCGGCGGCGGCGGCGGCGCUGGCGCUGGCGGGGCCGGCGCUGCCCGAGGUGCUGUUCCGCUGCCCGCCCUGCACGGCGGAGCGCCUGGCCGCCUGCCCCCCGGCCGCCCGCCCGCCCUGCCCGGAGCUGGUGCGGGAGCCGGGCUGCGGCUGCUGCCCGGUCUGCGCCCGCCUGGAGGCCGAGGCGUGCGGCGUCUACACGCCGCGCUGCGCCGCCGGCUUGCGGUGCUACCCCGACCCCGGCGCCGAGCUGCCCCUGCAAGCCCUGGUGCAGGGACAGGGCACCUGCGCCCGCCGCCGCGACACGGCCGAGUACGGCGCCAGCGCCGAGCGCCCCGCAGAUAAUGGCGAUGACCGGUCCGAGAGCAUCCUUGCUGAGAACCACGUGGACGGCACCACGGGGAUCCUGAGCGGAGCCGGUGGGAGGAAGCCCAUGAAGACAGGCAUGAAGGAGCUGGCAGUUAUGAGGGAGAAGGUGAAUGAGCAGCAGCGGCAGAUGGGCAAAGUCGGCAAGCCCCAUCACAACCACGAGGACUCGAAGAAGUCGCGACUGUCGACAGGCAGGACCCCUUGUCAGCAGGAGCUGGAUCAGGUCCUGGAACGCAUCUCCACUAUGCGGCUGCCGGAUGAGCGAGGUCCCCUGGAGCACCUCUACUCCCUCCACAUCCCCAACUGUGACAAGCAUGGCUUGUACAAUCUCAAACAGUGCAAGAUGUCGGUGAACGGGCAGCGGGGCGAGUGCUGGUGUGUGGACCCCAUCCAUGGGAAGGUGAUCCAGGGUGCGCCUACCAUCCGCGGGGACCCUGAAUGCCACCUCUUCUACACAGCCCAUGAGCAGGAGGACCGGGGAGCACAUGCCCUGCGAAGCCAGUAGACGGACGUGAUCCUGCUCGCUGGAGGCAGCUCGCUGUGGCCCCGGUGUUGGAUUUUACAUGGGUUUCAGCAUGUCUCUUUAGGCUCUGGAAGAGACUGGGGUUGGGUCCUGUGUGCUGCCCUCCUUCCCCUGCUGCCCGGCUCCUGGGGAUGGGAGGGAUGACGGGAGGGGAAGGGCGGUGGGGGGGGUUGCAAGGAGAAGGGACUGCUUUCCUAUAGUCUUUCACCCAAUGUAAGCCAGAGAACAGGUCUUUUUUGCUCCUCACCCUGCGGCCCUGCCUCCCUGCUGCUUUGCGGCAUCUUCCCGCACCCUCCAACACGGAGCGCCGUGUGCUCCACAACACCUCCCAGGGGGCAAAACUCCUCACCAAGGGCAGGAGGGGGACAAAAAAAAAAAAACAAAGGAAAAAAGCCCACCCUUUCCCCCUCUUUCCCUCCCUUCCCCGAGACCAAAGACUGUAAAUACUGUGUCGCCUGCCUCUUGUGUCCUGCCGGUCCCCUGUGCCCUAGCCUGGCCUUCAGUCCUGGCAUAGGAUGUGGUGUGGGAGGGAGGGAAGGAGGAAAGCCCCUGGCUUCUCUGCUGGCGUGGUUGGAUGCAUCCCCCAAGGAGGCAUCAGUGAGGGAAAGGGCUAAGAAUGAGACAGCCUGCCCCAAAACACCCCUGGGUGCUUCCCUUCCUGGUGCUGGGGCACAGCCAGCCCUGCAGGGACUUGGCUCCAGCCACUGGUCUAGGAGGAUGGGGCCUUUGAGUGACGGUGGAGCUAAAUGCUUGGUUUUCCAGGGGGUUUGAAGGGCUAUUGCCCAGUAUUUCUUAGGAUCAACUUAUGCUGAGGGAGGUAAAGUGAACUUGCUGGGGCUUGGUCGAAGGAUGCCUGUGUAGAUUUAGGAUAACAAGCCAGGGAGUCUCUCGCUCUCUCAUUCAUUCUUUCAUUGUUUCUAGAUAGGAAAAAACCCCAUCUAAAACCUGCACUCCCAAGCAGCUGCUCUUGUCCCUCCAUUUUUGCUUGGGACUGGAGUGAGCAUCUGCUAUUCAGCACACACUUUUUCUUUUUUUUUUUUUUUUUUUGUAAGUAAAUUACAGUAUAUAUCUUGCUUUGUAAAGGCCCUGACACACAAGCACCCCUCUGCCCACACACACAUUUGUAUAGAUUAAAUCCGAGUGAUUCCAGGUGCUCUGAGAGGUUUUGCGCUGGACAUGCUGCUCCGAGGAGAGAUGUGUCUCUGCUGUUAUUUCACCUGUUGAUUUCUUUCUGUACAGAACACACCAACGCUGAGAAUAAAUAACUUCCCUGUCGCCUAA